UGUCCCCAUCUGUGUGCCCUGCAGGGCUCGCAGGGGGCUCGGGGACUGGCAGGUGCCCCUGGGCUCCGGGGCUACAGCGGCCACGAGGGAGCCAGAGGAGUGGUGGGCACCAAGGGCCAGCCGGGCCGGCAGGGGACUCUUGGGCCACCGGGUGAAGCUGGAGCCACCGGGCUGAGCGGCACCGAGGGCCUGGUGGGUGCAAAAGGGGAGCCAGGAGAGCCGGGAAAACCAGGACAAAUGGGCUCUCCUGGACAAGCUGGUCCUAAAGGAUGUAAAGGCCACAAAGGAGAUAAGGGCGACACGGGGCAGGAAGGGGACCAAGGGGUCCCAGGAGAAGCUGGCAGACGG